AUGGAAGAUCAAUGCCAUCAAGAAGAACGUGUCGUAAUCUACCAUUUUCGGCUUGGAUGAUACUGUGGAAAGAAAAGCAGAGAGUCUGAUCCAAAUCCACUCUCAUCCACUUGUCGAAAAGUUCGAAACCAGCUAGUUUGUUUGUUUGAAUGUGAAUGCUCAGAGCAGAGGGAGAAAUUCUUCAAAUUCUUUCCAGAGUCCUGUCAUGGUUGAAAACAAGUCAACAACCCAGACUCUGUUCACUACACCCCCAAUCUCUCUGCAACUAAUGCCGCUACGUCUUCUUCUUCGUCUUAAAACUCCACUGUUUCCUUAGCUCCAGAGACCUCCUUCCAUGGAGAUCAAGUCCAGUACCCUUUUGUUUCUCUCGUUCUUUCUUUUCUCUCUUAAUUUCUCGACGUCUUUUACUCCCGCAGAUAUCUACCUUAUCGACUGUGGAUCAGGCACCAAUUCGUCUCUCUUCAACCGCGUUUUUCUCGGCGAUUCAACGAAACCUGGGUCGAUUUUCCUUUCGACAGAGGGAUCACUUUCGCUUACUGAUCAAAAUCCAUCUCCAGAUUCCCCGGCCUUGUACCACACAGCUCGAGUUUUCACCGGUGAGUUAAGCUACAAGUUCAGCAUCAAGAAAAACGGAACUCAUUUUGUACGUUUCCAUUUCUUGCCGUUUGUAGCUCAAAAAUUCGACUUAACAUCUGCGAAAUUUGACGUUCUAGUUAAUGGAUUUUCGGUAUUGAGCAGUUUCAAUACAGAAAUUAUGGUGCUAAAAGAAUUUAUACUGAGACUAAAUGGGGAAAUGCUUGAAAUUAAGUUUAGUCCAAUGCGUGAUUCCGGUUUUGUGUUUGUUAACGCAAUUGAAGUAUUUUCAGCUCCUAGGGACUUUAUAAUUGAUGAAGGAACUAAACUGGUUAGUGGUAAUGGGGCUCAAGAGUACAAGAAUCUUUCAGCUCAGGUUUUAGAGGCCAUUCGUAGGAUUAAUGUUGGGGGUUCUAAAUUAACCCCGUUUAAUGAUACUCUAUGGAGGACUUGGAUUCCCGAUGAGGAUUUUUUGGUUCUGAAAUCUGCUGCAAAACGUGCAGUCACCACUCAUACUCCUAAUUACCAGAGUGGUGGGGCAACUAAGGAAAUUGCACCUGAUAAUGUUUAUAUGACUGCACAGCAGAUGAACAGGGAUAAUUCAACAGUGCAGGCAAGGUUUAAUAUCACCUGGGAUUUUCCUGUUGGUGUCGGUGUUGCUCGACAUCUAGUUCGAUUGCAUUUCUGUGACAUUGUUAGCAUAUCUCUUAAUCAGCUGUACUUCAAUGUGUAUAUCAAUGAGUACUCUGCCUAUAAGGAUCUUGAUCUCUCCACACUUACCAUUCAUGUACUUUCAUCUCCGGUUUACAUAGACUUCGUGGCAGAUUCAGAUGAAAUGGGAGUUAUCAGGGUAAGUGUAGGCCCAUCUGAUCUUAGCACUUCUUUGAAAGUUAAUGCUAUUCUGAAUGGGGUGGAGAUCAUGAAGAUGGUGAAUCUUGCAGCCUCACAAACUUCUCAUGGAAAGGAAAAUGUAUGGAUAUUUGUGGGGCCAAUUGUUGGAGGGUUUGUUGUAUUAUGUCUUGUUGUACUCGCAGUUUUGCUCAUUUGCAAACGCAAGAAGAAGAAGCCGACACCAAGGCCAGCUGAAAGUAUGGGUUGGACACCUUUACGAGUAUAUGGAGGCAGUUCGUACAGUAGAAUGUCUGAAGGGACUGCCAAUACUUCUCCAGGUCCAAACGGAUAUCACAGUUUGAAAAUCCCUUUUGCUGAUAUACAGUUGGCAACUAGCAAUUUUGACAAGACUUUGAUAAUUGGUAUGGGUGGAUUUGGUAUGGUUUACAAAGGGGUGCUUCGAGACAAUACAAAGGUAGCUGUGAAGAGAGGUGUACCGGGGUCUAGGCAGGGCCUUCCAGAAUUCCAGACUGAGAUAACCGUUUUAUCCAAGAUUCGACACCGUCAUCUUGUUUCACUUGUUGGGUAUUGUGAAGAACAGUCAGAAAUGAUACUGGUUUAUGAGUACAUGGAGAAAGGGCCUCUCAAGAGCCAUUUGUAUGGGUCAAAACAUCCUCCUUUGUCGUGGAAGCAAAGGCUUGAAAUAUGCAUUGGCUCUGCAAGAGGUCUCCACUAUCUUCAUACUGGUUCAGCACAAGGAAUCAUCCAUCGUGACAUCAAAUCCACCAAUAUUUUGCUUGAUGAAAAUUAUGUGGCUAAGGUUGCUGAUUUUGGUCUUUCAAGAUCUGGUCCAUGUCUUGAUGAGACACAUGUAAGCACUGGCGUAAAAGGUAGUUUUGGAUAUCUUGAUCCUGAGUACUUUCGAAGACAGCAGCUUACAGAUAAAUCAGAUGUUUAUUCAUUUGGCGUUGUUCUUUUUGAGGUUCUUUGUGCAAGACCUGCUGUUGAUCCAUUACUUUCUAGGGAACAAGUGAAUUUAGCAGAAUGGGCAAUGCAAUGGCAGAAGAAAGGCAUGCUUGCGCAAAUUGUUGAUCCUCGUCUUGUGAGUCAGAUAAAGCCAAGCUCUUUGAAAAAAUAUGGGGAAACAGCAGAAAAAUGUUUGGCUGAUUAUGGUGUUGAUAGACCAUCAAUGGGUGAUGUGCUGUGGAAUCUGGAGCAUGCAUUGCAACUCCAAGAAUCUGAAGCAUACGAAAGCAACAAUGUAAACAUAUCUGAGCUCCCAGCAACUAGCAGCAAUGAUCCGCAAGUUCCAUCUAGCAGCAACUCAAGAAUAGAUCGAGAUGAUGGUAAAGGUAGUUCAGAUAUAACAACAAGCCAAGUUUUUUCUCAGUUAAUGACCAAUGAGGGCAGAUAGGUUUAUGCUAAUAUUGCAAUUCAUACAGUCCAUGAGCAUGGAUAGUCUGGAGAUCAUUUAUAUCUCCAAGGGUCUUUUCCAAAUUACCUUGCAGCAUCUGUUGAGAAAUUGAGGAUACAUAUAUUCUUGAAUGGUCUUGACGUGGAGUUUGAACAAGUGCGAGGAGAAAUCUUUCGCAUGAACCCAAGUUUAGAUCUUGAGCGCACAUAUACAUAUGUUCGCCGUGAAGCAAAUCGUCGAAGUCUCCUGACUGGUGACAUGACUGCUUCUGAUCCUAUUGCCAUGUUAGCUCGUCGAAACAAACCAUCUAUACACUGGUACUGCUUCACCUUCGUCAAUGAUGACAUCUCGAAGUUUUGAUAUUGGAAAUAAGCAGUCUAGCUCAUCUAUAUACUGUACUCAUUGUGGAGAUACGGGACAUACUAAAAGUCGAUGUUAAGACUUGAUUGGAUAUCCUGAAUGGUGGGACCCUUCCAAGGCUUCAAAAUGUAAAAAUAAGCUUUCAAUAGCAACAAUAUUUGUUUCCAUCACUACAGAUGAAGUAUCUCCACCUAAUGCUACAACCUUCCACACAUCCUCAGAUUCACAAGACUUAUCUCUCGUGAAUUCGAAAUGAAAGAUCUCGGACCAUUAAAGUAUUUUCUGGGAAUCGAAGUGUUAUAAUCUAAACAUGGUAUAUUCCUAUCACAACGAAAAUAUAUAGUCGAUUUACUGAAUGAAGUUGACAUGCUACCUUGCAAACCAAGUGAUACACCUGCUGCAAAAAAUAUCAAGUUAGGUACAUUUUUAGAUCAGAUUCUUGCGAAUAAAGAAUGUUAUCAAAGGCUGGUAGGAUGGUUGAUGUAUCUUUCAGAUACUAGAUCUAAUUUGGCAUACUCUUUUAGUGUUGUAAGUCAAUUUAUGCACUCUCCAA